GCGGAGGAAGUGGUACUUGAAGCCGAGCUUACUGGAGCGAGUUGCUGCUCGCUGGUGCCAACGCCCGGCGGAAAACACGGCUAACGUAAACUAGCUGCGAUACGAAGGUACUCUGGUACGUCGAUUUUUAUCAAUUCUGACUUCUCUGGUUCGCGGAUGAAUAAAUAACAGAACUUCUACUUUUGUUUUCGAAGCUAGAAGCGUAAGUUUACAUCGUAGCGUUAGCCGGCCGGCUACUAAGCUAGCUGGCGAGACGGACGGCAGCGACUGGUGACUGCUAGCUCGGCUUACUUACCGUUACACAACAAAUUCAGCUAUAUAGCUACAGUUACACUUACAUUGUGUGUAGACAGUCUGGUAACGUGUUAUCAAGUUAUUCCCUUGUAUAUAAACGUUUAAGUUUGCUGUGUAUUCAAGUAUAUACGCUUUUCAGUAGCCAAACGUUAGCCUACGUACAGUGUUGGUGAUGGGGCGUGACUGUCAACUAGGUAACACAACGUAAAGAUGCACAUUAUUUUGGUCGCCUUUCCUUAUUAAAAUCAUUCUUCCACUUAGUUACCUGUUUGUACUUAUAUGUUGAAUCAGUUUAAAGACAUUUCUUGUUAUAUUUGUUGUAUUUUGAACUCUCCAGCAGCCUGCGUUACUGUGAUCGGGGUCUGAAAGCACAACGAUGCAGACUAUCAAAUGUGUGGUGGUGGGUGAUGGAGCCGUGGGUAAAACCUGCCUAUUGAUUUCCUACACCACCAACAAAUUCCCCUCUGAAUAUGUUCCAACAGUAAGUUACUUCCGAGUCCAAUUUUCGGUCAAGUCGUUAAAUAAGACUCGCACAGGAAAUCACAUGUUAUUCUUUGUUAUUCUUUCUCUUAUACAAGGUUUUCGACAACUAUGCAGUAACUGUAAUGAUCGGUGGUGAACCAUACACUCUUGGUUUAUUUGAUACAGCAGGUAAGAUCCUCUCUUCAUCUUUUUUUUUUUUAAAUUUGAUUUUGCAUUCUUGUGAUGGGUACUGCGGUUCUUUUAAAUGUACUGAAUCACUAGAAUCAGUUCGCUAAAAGGAUUCAUUCAAAAGAUUCGUUCACCAAAUCACUGAUUCAUGUAGCGUUUGGCUGGAGAAGCCUGCAACUGAUACUUAGCUGAACGGUUCAGGAUUCAGUUUCCUGGACCAGAAGACAGGAGUGUUUGGCUGUGUUACCUUGCACACCGGGAAUGACGCAAAUAUGCGACGCAAAAUUACGAAAUAUUCAGAGGCUAAUUUUGUUUGCGCCUGACUAUACACAUUAAGUGAUGUGACUUUGCGACGUUCCGGGGGGAAAAGACGCAUCCCGGGGAAGACUUUUCCAGGGGAAAGUCCCGCCUCCUUCGCCUCUGAUUGGCUAGAAAAGCUGGAAACGUCAUCACACGCUCAAGCCAAAUGGUCAGCACUUGUAGCCAAUCAGAGGCGAAGGAGGGCGGGACCUUCCCUUACCAUCUUACAGCGAAAAAAAAUAUUGACGUCCAAAAUAAUCACAUGAAAAAACAAUCCCGGUGUGUAAGGACCCUUACUUUGGCAAACAGGUUUGUAAAAAUGAACUUGUUUAUGAUUUAUGAUUUUUUUUAAGUGUACUGUCCUAUGGUAUGCUAUUUAUCAGGUCUGCUCGUAAAUUGGGCUCAGUGAGUGAUUCGACUGAACAUGCACCGUUCCCUCGCAAACCACUGCAAUGAUAGGAUGCUGCGGGUUUUAUGUACUCCUUGUUACACGCUGUGUCCUAUUGUAUUUAAGUUUUUGUGGUGGCAGUUUAGCAGUUUAAAAAAAAAAAAUAAAGGUAGUUUUGUCCAACAAAAAUGAUUCCAGAGAGUGUAGUUUAAUUCGUGAUCUAUUCACCACAGGCGUCGGUGCAUGCGGUCCCUCGUUCACCGGCUGCUCGACUGGCAAUGCCGUUUCUCACUUCAGCUCAACUGAAAUGAGAAACGAACUCAAGUGAUUCGGUUCACUAUGUUCACUUAAAAGAUUUGGUUCUUUUGAAUGAAUCGUUUGCGAACGACAACACUAUUGCACUCAUGUUGUGAGAGUUUUAUCUGUGAUGUUGUUUCCUUCAGGGCAGGAAGAUUAUGACCGUCUACGACCACUAAGCUACCCACAGACAGAUGUGUUUUUAGUCUGUUUCUCAGUUGUUUCACCUUCUUCGUUUGAGAACGUGAAAGAGAAGGUGAGUGCUACAUGUGUUUCUUAGAACAACCGCAGAUGUCAUGUCCUAAACCGCCUUCAUCGCAUACUCAUUUAAAAAACACUUAAACCUUUGAGAUAAGGAGAGAGUUGUAAAUUAAUGAAGUUAGGAGCGUAACGGAUACUUUUUGGAGUAAUAAACUGAGUUGUCUUGAUUCAAUUCAUUGUCCCGCUCUUCACUACCCUUGUCAUAUGACAGCUGAGGGGCAGUUUCCACAGGGAAUGAAUUAGGAUCCUACAAUUACAUUGCAGUCAUUGAUCUCAGUAAAAUUCAAAUAUGAGGGGUAUUUCGGAAAGAAAUGGAAAUUAAACUAGAACAGUAUGAUCUUGUUUGACAAGUAAAAAAAAAACACCAUUCAUUGUUUUUGGAAUAUAAUUCAGUCAUGAAUGCUGGUAUUCAAAAAUUAAGUAUAGCCUGAGCAUAUCCUGAGGCAUUCCAGUAAUAUCUGGCCCAACAGUGGACAAUGAUCCUCUUAUAACACAGAGUCUCUAAUGAGAAGAAGCUGCUGUUUUAGUGGCUGGAACAGUUAAAUAUUUUAUAUUUCAUUGAUUAAACCCCACAGCACAAGAAAAAUGUAUGAUUAAAUUAACAGGAUUAAAUUAUAAUGAACAUCCAUAACAUGCAUAUAUCUACAUCUGGGUAUUUAUAUAAGAAGGAUUUUUAUUUUUCAAGUUGAUCCUUUCUUGACAAGUUUGGCAUGAUGAAACUUGUCCUCCAAAACCAAUCCAUCAGCAAGAAGAAAAACUAGAUCCAUUCAGUUGUUUCCAUGGAGUCUUUGUUUACAUUUUGUAAGCAAGGUUUCCGAGUGAGUAGAAUAUUGGCCAUCUAAAAGAAAGCAGUGAUACAUUUCUCAAGAGAGCGCUUCACACUCAUGUGCAGGACAAGGCCAGCAAAGAUAAGCUGUACUGACUCAAGGGGAGUGGGAAAUCAACUCAAAAUGAAAAUGAAAGCUUCACUUUAAAGUAAAUCACCUUUUAACCCCUCCAUAGAAAAGCCUGUUUUUGAUUCCUUUUUUUCUUAAUGAACAAUAAUCAUUUUAGAACAGUUUCAAUCUGUAAUCUGAUUUUCACCUCAUUGAAUUUUUUAUCUGCAGUGUGUUUAUUUGCCUUUUUUUCCCCCCGUCUCUAGUGGGUUCCUGAAAUAACCCACCAUUGUCCCAAGACCCCGUUCCUGCUGGUAGGCACUCAGAUCGACCUGCGUGAUGACCCUUCCACAGUGGAGAAGCUAGCCAAGAACAAACAGAAGCCAAUAACCCCCGAGACAGCAGAGAAGCUCGCUCGUGACCUCAAGGCAGUCAAAUACGUCGAGUGCUCAGCCCUAACGCAGGUAAGACCCUCGCCCCUGUUAGACUCGUGCUUGUGCAGCAAGUGUGUGCUUGAGUGUUCCCUAACAAUAGUGGAAAUACUUUGCCUUGCCUUUUUGCUAACAGCAUUGAACUAAAAUCUCCAUCUAACCGUGUCGUGUGCCUGUCUUUCCCCCCUCUCUUCCUCUUUCUGUAGCGGGGACUGAAGAACGUAUUUGAUGAGGCUAUCCUAGCCGCUUUAGAGCCCCCUGAAACUCAAAGAAAGAGAAAAUGCUGUUUGUUCUGAUGUCUUCUCGCAUCUCGCUUUGCCUCUCGGUCAUCUGCUGCUUAGUAACUGUAAAGAGAUGUCUGUCACUAUAAUAACCACAGCACUCUUUAAACUCUAAAAACUUGGUGCCCAUUAACUUUCUCCCCUUCUGUUCAUGUGUGCUCUUUUUCAACUUGGCCUAAUCACAGUUAUCCAUGCUGCCUGAUAUGACAAGAGUGCCAAUCUUAAUCUUUUUUUUUUCUGCUGCCAGGAGGUCUGUGUAACAGUACAUGAAUGAGUUUUUGUUUUUUUUACAUUACAGUUCUGUUAUUCUUGGUAUGGAGCUCUAAGCAUCAGUUGUAUCCUAUGAAGCAUGUAUGCUAUAUCCUGUCUUAGACAGUGAUACUUAUUUUCUACUGCAGCAUCAAGAUUUUCCAUGGGCUUUUGUCUUAACUCAGACGAGUUAGCAAUGAGGAGAGUCUUGUUAAAUGUUAUUAAAUAAAAGAAAAAUUUGAUCUCUCUGCCCACUUUCUACACUGUAUUUUUUCUGCAUUUAGCUCCUUGAAGAUGUCGAUAGUAUUUGGACCAGAGCCCUGAUUUGAAUAUUGAUAUCUUAUUUCCACAGAAAGGAUUAAAGAAUGUGUUUGAUGAGGCAAUACUGGCUGCCCUGGAGCCCCCUGAACCUAAGAAAAGGCGUAAAUGUGUUCUGCUCUAAGUUUCACCCCAGCCGCCGUCCACACAAGUUUCCAAAUCUAGGUUAGCAGUACUGGAGAGGUUUGCUGCACAAGCACAUUCCAACGUGAAUUAAGGUAUCAUGAAACAUUUGCCUUCUGACUGAAUUAACCUCAAUGCAUUUACAGUGUGUUGAAGAUGAGUUGAAGAUUUGAGUAACAUUGGAUGCUGUUUUGUAUUGGUUUGACGCCACUUUAACGGCCUUACACGAUGUAAACACUGAUCAUUAAUGGAUCACAAACUGUAGCUAAUAUAUGAAAUAACCAAGUUUACCACAUGAUGGUUAGAGAUCUGUUUUAAAAAGUGCUCUUUCAAAGGAACUGUUUUUAAAAUAGUGUGGGAAUUAGAAGGAUUAUGGACUCAGACUGAAAACGAUUGGAGCAGGAUAAUGAGGGUGCUCUUAGCAAGUUGAUAUCUUUUCAAGUAUUCCCCCUAAAAGUUUGAGUUCCUGUGUGUUUAGCUUUGUCACACAAAACUGACUUUGGUUGUCAUGUCAACAUUAACAAUCAGAUACCCAGUAAUAUAAACUCUGCUGGAGUCAAAGGACGAAAACUUUUGAUUUCUUUCUCAAGCCCUCAUGUUUUAUUCUCCUUAUAUGUUAAACGUUUUCCGACAUCAUGGCCUCCAGGCAGAACUAAAAAGUAUCUGACAGAUGACAUUAUUUCUGGGCCAAGCUCCAUUGUAUAUAUACAAUAAAUCUAAUGAAACAGGAACCAACAAGUCGACACUUCUCAGAGUGGAGCUAACAGAGAAGUCUGAAUUAUAUGGCUGUAAAAUGAAAAUGCUAACACCUUUAUUCGACAUCAUGUGUCAUAAUACGCCAUCAUCAUUGUGUGCGAUAUAAUGCAAGGAGCUAAAGCACAACAAUUCUUUACUGUUUUUGACCAAGUGAAAACAGUAAGAAGGUGUUCUGUCCUGAGCGCUUGUCAAAAGGAGCAUCUUGGCCUCUAACCUCCAGCCUAAUCCAGGUCUUUUGAAGUGAAUAAACUGCAGCUCCAGUACAUCAGAUAGGAAUAACAUUAUGCUACAUUUGGAUUGAGACCCUGUGAAGAUGAUUGAUUGAUUGAUGGAACUGGCACUAUUUGCUUUUUUUCUUUUACUCUACCCAUGCCUCAAUUGAUGGCUUGAAUUUGUAAAUAUGGAAGGAAUAACUUCUAACUUAUUGACUGAAUACAGUGUGUGCAAAGCUGAUACCAAGAUUACGAGAAGCUGGGUUGACACUGAAAUCCAACUAAUCAGGAAAAUGUUAGGAGUGUCUUGAUUUUUAUUCGAUUUGACAACAAAAAAUGUAUCUUGCAUCACAACAAACCAGUAUUAUGAAUAAACCUAACAUCAAAUACUCAU